GGCACCUGUCAGGGUCCCUGGGAGAGGCAGCCCUCGGAUCUGCCCCUGCCCACCUGACGCUGCGUUCCAUGCUGGCCCCAGGCGAUGUCAGUCCUGCUGCAGGCCAGGACUAGUUCCACGGCCCUGAGCAUGCGUUAGCCCCUUCUUGCCUCCAUGCCUCAGUUUACCUCGGAGUGAGCUGCGGGAGACGUCUCCCUGCCUGGCCGGGGCGGCUCUGUCGUAGCGGAGGGUAGCGGUGGUGCAGAGCCAGAGCCGGAGCCGCGCCGCGCCGCACCAUGGCGCCCACCCUGGCCACUGCCCGUCGGCGCCGCUGGUGGAUGGCCUGCACGGCCGUGCUGGAGAACCUCCUCUUCUCGGCAGUCCUCCUGGGCUGGGGCUCGCUGCUCAUCAUGCUCAAGUCGGAGGGCUUUUACUCCUACCUGUGUACCCAGCCAGAGAAUGUCACCAAUGGCACAGUGGGCGGCACAGCAGAGCCGGGGCACGAGGAGGCGAGCUGGAUGAACGGCUGGCUCAGCUGCCAGGCGCAGGAUGAGAUGCUAAAUUUGGCCUUCACUGUGGGCUCCUUUCUGCUCAGUGCCAUCACCCUGCCCCUGGGUAUCGUCAUGGACAAGUAUGGCCCGAGGAAGCUCAGGCUGCUGGGCAGCGCCUGCUUCGCGGUUUCCUGCUUGCUGAUUGCGUAUGGAGCAAGUAUACCAAAUGCUCUCUCUGUGCUCAUCUUCAUCGCCCUGGCUCUGAAUGGCUUUGGUGGGAUGUGUAUGACCUUCACCUCAUUAACAAGCUGUCAUUGGGAGAGUCCUAGAGGGUCGUGCCAAUGGAUGAGUGGAUGGAUGGACAGUAGUCCAGGGAUGAUGUCCCUGUCUGUCCUGAACCGGGCCCUUCCUCCAAUGAGAAGCCUUCCUGAGAUGAACGUGGUGGAGGAUGUAGAUAGUUGGCGGGCGCAGGAGCGAGAGGACGUCAUCAGGAAAUAUGAACAGGGGCACCAAGCUGGGCUGCCAGAGGACAAGGGGCCUGUACUCAUCGGAAUGUUCGAACACAUGGAUCCGUUUGGGAUUGUGCAUGAGAUGGAGCUGCCUUCUCUGACUGCGCGGGAGGCAAAGCGAAUUCGGCGGGAGACAAGGAGAAACAGCAAGUGGCUGGAGAUGCUGGGCGAAUGGGAGACGUACAAGAACAGUGAAAAGCUCGUAGAUCGCAUAUACGAGGGAAUUCCCACGAACAUCCGGGGCCCGGCGUGGUCAGUCCUCCUGAACAUUCAGGAAAUCAAGUUAAAAAACCCCAGCAAAUACAAGCUCGUGAAGCAGAAGGGCAAGAGGUCAUCUGAACACAUCCACCAGAUCGACCGGGAUGUUAGCAGGACUCUCCAGAACCAUGUCUUCUUCAGGCAUCGAUAUGGAGCCAGGCAGCGGGAACUCUUCUACAUCCUCCUGGCAUCUGCGGAGUAUAACCCGGAGGUGGGCUACCACAGGAACCUGAGCCACAUCGCCCCCUUGUUCCUCCUGUAUCUGCCUGAGGAGGACGCAUUCUGGGCACUGGUGCAGCUGCUGGCCAGUGAGAGGCACUCCCUGCAGGGAUUCCACAGCCCAAAUGGCGGGACAGUCCAGGGGCUCCAAGACCAUCAGGAGCAUGUGGUACCCACGUCACAACCCAAGACCAUGUGGCAUCUGGACCAGGACAUAGACGCUGGUCUAUGCGGGCAGUGUUUCUCGUUAGGCUGGCUUCUCCGGAUGUUAAUGAAGAUCUCUCUCGGGCUGACCCUGCGCCUGUGGGACGUGUACCUGCUACAAGGAAAACAAGCACGGAUGCCCAUGACCACCAUUGCGUUCGAGGUGCAGAAGAAGCGCCUCAAGGAGACAUCCAGUUCUGGCCUGUGGGCGUGCUUUCGGAGCCAGUUCUGCCGUCACUGGGCCAGGGAUGAUGACACGGUGCUCAAGCACGUCAGGGCCUCUGUGAACAAACGAGGGAGGAAGCAAGCGGACCUGCCACCCUCAGCCAAAGCCGAGCAAGGGUCCUCGGCACCCGGGCCUGUGCUGGCUUCACGUGGCGGGAAGACCUUCUGCAAGGGGGACAGGCAGGCCCCUCCAGGCCCACCAGCCCGGUUCCAGCGGCCCAUUUGGUCAGCUUUCCCGCCACGGGCACCUCAUUCUUCCACACCCUGUCCUGGUGGGGCUGUCCGGGAAGACAGCUACCCUGUGGGCACUCAGGGUGUGCCCAGCCCGGCCCUGGCUCAGGGAGGACCUCAGGGUUCCUGGAGAUUCCUGCAGUGGAACUCCAUGCCUCGUCUCCCGAUGGACCUGGAUGUAGGGGGCCCUUGGUUCCCCCAUUAUGAUUUCGAACAGAGCUGCUGGGUCCGUGCCAUAUCCCAGGAGGACCAGCUGGCCACCUGCUGGCAGGCUGAACACUCUGCCGAGGGAGUGAGAUUGGCUCUCGCCGAACUGAACAAUGUGGGCAUGGACUUCCGGGCCCUGCAGUGCACCCAGCACUGAUUCCGACCAGGACACCUCCUUCGCAGCUAGGGACGAGGAGCAGUGCACUCCCACCUCAGGGCCUUAUUAUUUAGUUAAUAGGAUUGUACUCAUGUUACAUCUCUCAAUUUUUUUUUAAGAGAUAAAGUCUCACUCUGUCACCCAGGCUGGAGUGCAGUGGUGCAAUCAUGGCUCACUGCUUCCUGGAACUCAUGGGCUCCAGCAAUCCUCCUGCCUCAGCCUCCUGACUAGGUGGGACUAUAGGCACACGCCACCGUGCCUGGCUAAUUUCUUGGACUUUUCUCUAGAGACAGGGUCCACCCGUGUUUCCCAGGCUGGUCUCAGACUUCUAGACUCAAGUGAACCUGAACCUCCCGCCUCGACCUCUCAAAUUGCUGGGAUUACAGGUGUGAGCCACCACACCCGGCCUGAAUUUCUUAUGUGCCAUGCUACUACAAAACGUCAUUAGGGCUUCCUUCCCCUCCCUCCUUCCCUCCUUUCCUUCCUCCCUCCCUUCCGUCCUUCCUUCCCUCCCUCCCUGCCUCCCUCUGUGGCCCCGGCUGGAGUAAACUGGGCUCGCUGCAGACUCCCUGCGUCCGGCUCCCGUGAUUCUCCUGCCCUGGCCUGCGCGCUGCCUGGGAUUGCCGCCGCGCGCCACCACCCCUCCCUGCUUUUUCUCCUUUGGCUGGAGGCGCCGUUUCGCCAUGUCGGCCAGGCUGGUCUCCAGCUCCUGACCUCCACUGCUCUGCCCGCCUCGGCCUCCCGAGGUGCUGGGACUGCAGAAGGAGGCUCGGUGUGGCCCGGGCUGGAGUGCGGUGACGUGGUCUUGGCUCGCUGCAGCCUCCGCCUCCCAGCCGCCUGCCUUGGCCUCCCAGGGUGCUGGGAUUGCAGCAUCUGCCCGGCCGCCACCCCGUCUGGUAAGUGAGGAGCCCCUCUGCCCGGCCGCCCCCCCGUCUAGGAAGUGAGGAGCACCUCUGCCCGGCCGCCCCAUCUGGGAAGUGAGGAGCACCUCUGUCCGGCCGCCCCCCCGUCUAGGAAGUGAGGAGCACCUCUGCCCGGCCGCCCCAUCUGGGAAGUGAGGAGCACCUCUGCCCGGCCGCCCCGUCUGGGAAGUGAAGAGCCCCUCUGCUGGGCCGCCACCCCAUCUAGGAAGUGAGGAGCGUCUAUGCCCGGCCGCCCCGUCUGUUGAAGAAGUGAGGAGCGCCUCUGCCGGGCCGCCACCCCGUCUAGGAAGUGAGGAGCGUCUCUGCCGGGCCACCACCCCGUCUAGGAAGUGAGGAGCCCCUCUGCCGGGCCGCCACCCCGUCUAGGAAGUGAGGAGCGUCUCUGCCUGGCCGCCCCGUCUGGGAAGUGAGGAGCCCCUCUGCCCGGCCGCCACCCCAUCUAGGAAGUGAGGAGCGUCUAUGCCCGGCCGCCCCGUCUGUGAAGAAGUGAGGAGCACCUCUGCCCGGCCGCCCCGUCUGGGAAGUGAGGAGCGCCUCUGCGCAGCCGCCCCAUCUGGGAAGUGAGGAGCGCCUCUGCCCGGCCGCCCCGUCUGGGAAGUGAGGAGCACCUCUGCCUGGCCGCCCCGUCUGGGAUGUGGGGAGCGCCUCUGCCCAGCCUCCCCGUCUGGGAGGUCUACCACAGAGGCCAGAAGCAAUGUGGGGGCUGGAUGUGGUGGCUCACGCCUGUAGUCCCAGUACUCUGGGAGGCUGAGGCGGGUUGAUCACUUGAGGCUAGGAGCUCGAGACCAGCCUGGCCAACAUGGCGAAACAUAUGAAAAACACAACUGUCAAACCAACCAACGAACCAAGCGACAACAAAACAGGUCUACCCUGGAGUCAUACUCUAAUUUUUUCUAUUUUCCUCCCUUUCUAAUCCUUUAUCCCACUUUCUUUUUCUUCCUCUUCCUUCUCCUUCUUCUUUGUCAAAUAGAGGAUUGAGUUAUUAUCAUUGAUCCAUACAAAGUCCCUCUCUCAUUUAUUUUCUUUAAUUCCCACCCCCCAUUUCUAUUCCCCGUCUUCCCAUGUGCAACCUUCCUAAUAUGUUUGAUAUGCAUCUUUUUGUUAGUAUGUAGUUUUAGAAAAUGUUUAUUGUUUUGUGUGCAAAAAUAAAUAAAUAAAUAAAAUAAAAAUAAAAUUUAAAAAAGUCAUUAUGAGGGGAAGUUGGAUGGAAGGUGCAGGAGGACGCUGUAGUGCCUUUACAAUAUUUCUGUAUAUCUAAAAUCAUUUCAACAGGAAACAUUUAUUUCAAAACGUGAAGGUUUUGAUGACACCAUGAGCCUGCCUUUGUACUUUAAACUCAUGGAAGGAGAACCACCUUCACGUCUGGAAAUCAAUGUUUCCUGUUGAAAUGAUUUUAGAUAUACAGCAAUAUUGUAAAGGCAGGCCGGGCGUGGUGGCUCAUGCUUGUAAUCCCAGCACUUUGGGAGGCCGAGGCGGGUGGAUCACGAGGUCAGGAGAUCGAGACCUCAGUGAAACCCCGUCUCUACUAAAAAUACAAAAAAUUAGCCGGGUGUGCCGGGCGCGGUGGCUCACGCUUGUAAUCCCAGCACUUUGGGAGGCUGAGGCGGGCGGAUCACGAGGUCAGGAGAUCGAGACCACGGUGAAACCCCGUCUCUACUAAAAAUACAAAAAAUUAGCCGGGUGUGCCGGGCGCGGUGGCUCACGCUUGUAAUCCCAGCACUUUGGGAGGCUGAGGCGGGCGGAUCACGAGGUCAAGAGAUCAAGACCACGGUGAAACCCCGUCUCUACUAAAAAUACAAAAAAAUUAGCCGGGCGUGGUGGGGGGUGCCUGUAGUCCCAGCUACUCAGAGAGGCUGAGGCAGGAGAAUGGCGUGAACCCGGGAGGCGGAGCUUGCAGUGAGACGAGAUUGCGCCACUGCACUCCAGCCUGGGCGACAGAGCGAGACUCUGUCUCAAAAAAAAAAAAAAAAAAGAAAUAUUGUAAAGGCACUACAGCGUCCUCCUACACCUUCCAUCCUGCUGCCCCUAAUAAUGACGUUUUGUAGUAGCAUGGCACAUAAGAAAUUCAGGCUGGGUGUGGUGGCUCACACCUGUAAU